GCUGGUGCAAAAGGAAUGCGCGUUUGCAGGAGGAGGAGUAAAGCGAUGAUUGUGUAAUUAAAUAAUAAAACAAUCCUUAAGUCUGAUUUGGAGAGAGCUCGAGCGGGGUCCAGAGGGUGGAACCGGUGAAAUUUUCAACUUCCAAGUUUUGCAACGAAAGAAAGCGAGAGAGGGAGGGGAAAAAAAAAAAGAGCCCAGAGCAGAAAAGAGAGGAGUUUGGAGCCGAGCGGGAGAGCGGGAUUUAUCGUUUGGGAUUUUUCAGGAGCUCCUUCCGAUCCCCCUGGGCUCUGGGCAGCGGCGGCAGCAGCAGCAGCCUCCUCGCUCGGCCGGGUCAGACGCGGGGCGAGGCGGGCGGUCGGGCGGCCGGGCGUGGAGCAGCCGGCGCGGGCGGCGGCGGCUGCAGCCGGGGACCGCGCCGCGAGCCUCUUCCGCCCGGGAGACCUGCGCCCGAGCCCCCUCCCUCACCCCAGCCUCUCCCUUCUCCCCCACCCACCCCGCCCCCACCCAGCCCUCUCCCGCGCGCGCCCAGCCACCCGCGCGCACUCGCUCACGCUCCCCCUCGCGCACACACAUGGUCGGCUCGCGGCAAAGUUUCGCCUGCGAUCGCCACUCCGGAAUCCUGCCGCAGUGCUCGGGGCUGUAACCUUGAACUUUCCCAGCGCGGUGACACAUUCUCCUCGCUCUCCCUCCCGCGCUCUCUCCUGCGCCCCCCUCCCCGCCUUUUUUAAAAAAGCAUUUCACCACCAACCACCACCCCAAUCCAACCCACACCGAACCUUCGCGCACCCCCUAGCCCCCAACAACAACAACAACUGCAAAACAGAAAAUAAAUCCCCAAACCCAGGCGAAAAGCAGCCAACACCGGCGGCGGCGGCGGCGGCCUCGGCGAGCAGGGCCAGCGCGCUCGGACUGCAAGAGGGUUAAAAGUGUAGAUUGGAUUUCACCCCGGGAAAUCUAGCACGCCGAGUGAACUUGAAUCUUUGGCUAUUUAAGGAGGACUGGGUUUGUUGUGAAGUUGCGGUGAUCCAGCGCAGAGCCCCGUCCUGAUUGAUCGCAUCGCGGGGCUCAGAUGACUGUAAAAUGAAUAGAUGAAAUUCUUGCUUCUCGAAGAUUUUCUUGGGCAUCUCCGGGAAAGUGCGUUUUAAGGCGAAGUCAUGAUGUAUUCUCCCAUCUGUCUCACUCAGGAUGAAUUUCACCCAUUCAUCGAGGCACUACUCCCACACGUCCGUGCAAUCGCCUACACUUGGUUCAACCUGCAGGCUCGGAAACGCAAGUACUUUAAAAAGCAUGAGAAGCGAAUGUCAAAGGAUGAAGAAAGAGCAGUCAAAGAUGAGCUUCUCAGCGAAAAGCCUGAAAUCAAACAGAAGUGGGCAUCCAGGCUCCUGGCCAAACUGCGCAAAGACAUCCGCCAGGAGUACCGAGAGGACUUUGUGCUCACCGUGACUGGCAAGAAGCACCCGUGCUGUGUCUUAUCCAAUCCCGACCAGAAGGGUAAGAUCAGGAGAAUCGACUGCCUGCGACAGGCAGACAAAGUCUGGCGUCUGGAUCUAGUCAUGGUGAUCCUGUUCAAAGGCAUCCCCUUGGAAAGUACCGAUGGAGAGCGGCUCAUGAAAUCCCCACAUUGCACAAACCCAGCACUUUGUGUCCAGCCACAUCAUAUCACAGUAUCAGUUAAGGAGCUUGAUUUGUUUUUGGCAUACUACGUGCAGGAGCAAGAUUCUGGACAAUCAGGAAGUCCAAGCCACAAUGAUCCUGCCAAGAAUCCUCCAGGUUACCUGGAGGAUAGUUUUGUAAAAUCUGGAGUCUUCAAUGUAUCAGAACUUGUGAGGGUAUCCAGAACGCCCAUAACCCAGGGAACUGGAGUCAACUUUCCAAUUGGAGAAAUCCCGAGCCAACCAUACUAUCAUGACAUGAACUCGGGGGUCAAUCUUCAGAGGUCACUGUCUUCUCCACCAAGCAGCAAAAGACCCAAAACUAUAUCUAUAGAUGAAAAUAUGGAACCAAGUCCUACAGGAGACUUCUAUCCCUCUCCGAAUUCACCAGCUGCUGGAAGUCGAACAUGGCAUGAAAGAGAUCAAGAUAUGUCUUCUCCGACUACUAUGAAGAAGCCUGAAAAGCCACUGUUCAGCUCUACAUCUCCGCAAGAUUCUUCCCCAAGAUUGAGCACUUUCCCCCAGCACCAUCAUCCCGGAAUACCUGGAGUUGCACACAGUGUCAUCUCAACUCGAACUCCACCUCCACCCUCACCGUUGCCAUUUCCAACACAAGCUAUUCUUCCUCCAGCCCCAUCGAGCUACUUUUCUCAUCCAACAAUCAGAUAUCCUCCCCACCUGAAUCCUCAGGAUACUCUGAAGAACUAUGUACCUUCUUAUGACCCAUCCAGUCCGCAAACCAGCCAGCCUAACAGCAGUGGUCAAGUAGUAGGGAAAGUGCCUGGCCAUUUCACACCUGUCUUGGCACCCUCUCCCCAUCCCAGUGCAGUGCGACCUGUGACCCUGACCAUGACAGAUACUAAACCCAUCACUACAUCCACUGAAGGUGAGGCAGCUUCACCUACAGCAACCACCUACACAGCCUCAGGCACAUCUCAAGCCAAUCGAUAUGUGGGACUAAGCCCAAGAGACCCAUCCUUCCUACAUCAGCAACAGCUGAGGAUUUGUGACUGGACCAUGAAUCAAAACGGCAGGCAUUUAUACCCCAGUACCAGUGAGGAUACAUUGGGAAUUACUUGGCAAAGUCCUGGUACCUGGGCUAGCUUGGUUCCUUUCCAAGUAUCAAAUAGGACACCCAUCCUACCGGCAAAUGUCCAAAAUUACGGUUUGAACAUAAUCGGAGAACCUUUCCUUCAAGCAGAAACGAGCAACUGAGGGAAAAUGAAAUACACCAGUAGUUUAAAAAAUUAAAAAAAAAAAAAAAGGAAAAGAGGAAGACUGGACAAAACUUAAACACAACAAACAAAAAGGGAGAAAGGAAAGAAACUGAAGAAAGAAGAUAAUAGACCAGCAAUUACGGCACUUACAAUCACUAAUUCCCUUAAGGUUGAAACUGUAAUGACAUAAAAAAAAAAAAAAAGGGUCGAUGAUAUUUCACUGAUGGUAGAUCACAGCCCCUGCAACGUAGCCUUUGUUACAUGAAGUCCGCUGGGAAAUAGAUGUUCUGUCUCUAUGACAAUAUAUUUUAACUGACUUUCUAGAUGCCUUAAUAUGUGCAUGAUAAGCUAGUUUUAUUGGUUUAGUAUUCUUGUUGUUUACGCAUGGAAUCACUGUUCCUGGUUGUCUCACCGACAAAGGCUAGGAGGCGACAUCAGAGGUGCUGGGUGACGGAGCCAUGAGCCAGCCAUUUUAUAAGCACUCUGAUUUCUAAAAGUUAAAAAAUAUAUAUAUAAAAUCUCUGUAGCCUUUAGUUAUCAGUACAGAUUUAUUAAAUUUUGGCCCUUAACCCAGCCUUUUCCAGUGUGUAACCCAGUUUGAAACCUGAAAAAAAAAGAAAAAAAAAAAAAAAAGAAAAAAGAAAGAAAAGAAAAAAAAAGAAAAAAAGAAAAAAGGAAAAAAAAAACAGUUUGAACACAAAGGCUCUAUGGAAGAAAUGCCUCGAUGUAGGUGAAGUGUUAUCUCUGCAUGCAACAGUAAAAAUUAAUAUAAUAUUUUCCCCACAAAACACUUAACAGAGGCAAGUGCAAUUUAUAAAUUUAUAUCUAAAGGGGAAUCAUGAUUAUAAGUCCUUCAGCCCUUGGACUCUAAAUUGAGGGGAUUAAAAAGAAUUUAAAAUAAUUUUGAACGAAUUUAUUUUCCCCUCAGUUGUUGAGGGCAUUAAAAAGGCAUUAAAUCAAGACAAAUCAUGUGCUUGAGAAAAAAAAAAUUAAUGAAAACACAGCACUUAUGUUGGUUUAGCUGCAGCCUCCUUGGAGGUAGAAUUUAUUUAUUUAAAAUUACUGGUUGCAUCAAGAACCCAUAGGGUGUACGUACAAAAGGUUCUAUAAAAUCUUCAUUAUAGAGACAAAGAGGCAGGCAAAUCCAUGCCACAAGGGUAAAGCUUACAGUUUACAAACUGGGAACGCCAGGGUGUAGGAUAUAAAAACGCACUCUUGAGAAAACAAAUAGAAUCAGGGUGCUGAAAACUUGCAUGGUGCUUUCAGACAUUAGCCUUGUUCAACAAAUUUCUUGUAUUGACAGAUCUGUAGUGUGCAUGGGCAGACACAUUUUGCCUCUAUGUCUCUGAAAAUUUUAAUUAAAAAUACUCUUUCCAGUAAUCCUAAUUUGCACGAAGAUAUAAUGUCCACAUUACGUGCCUUGCCUUGAAAUCUAAAAACAAAAAAAAACAAAAAACACAAAAAAAAAACAAAAAAGUGACAUCACUACACUUGUUUUGCUGCAUUUAUUAUCAUUUUAAAUCUUUACCAUUUUUAUGACAAAAUAUUUUGUACUCCAGACGAAGAAAAAUGUGUGACAUCAUGGAUUUUUUAGACAGUUAUACCUUUAUCUCACAUUUAUAAAGCAUAUCAUGGCUGUGUAUAGUUGCCGCUUAAAAAUUGUAAUCGACCAGCAAUAUUUUCAGUAUUUUGGUGUUUUUUCUAUUAACCUUUCAUGUUUUUCAUCUUCCAAUUAAUAUUGGGGGGGGAGGGGUUUCAAAUUUAUACGAAUUAUGCAAUACCAAGUUUUGCCUAUGUACGUAGUGCUUUUAGCUGUAUUGGUUAUUCUAGGUAAGUACGCAGAUUGAAAAAAAAAAUAAUGUAUGCUUUUUUUUUUUGUUUGUUUGUUUGUUUUAAUUGACCAAAGUGGGUACUGCUAUUUUUGCAGUGUGAUGAGGUCCUUUGUGUACUGAGAGAUGGACAGGGGAUUUUUUUUAAUAUACAUAUAUAUAUAUUCUGGGGUGGGUGGGAGGAUUUUUAACACUUUACAGUGUAGCUGUGAAGCAGUACACCCCGAGACGGGCCUGGGCUGCAAAGCAACUGUUCUGUCUACUGUGACAAACUUCAACUUACACAGAUUCCCCCUUCUCUAACUUCCCACCUGGGGUGCAAGCUGAACUCAUUUCUGGUUUUCCUAACAACAGAAAUAGUGAGAACAAGCGAACACAACAAAUUCCUCCUGGAGGCAGACUUGGCUUAAAACAAACUGUCUUACCUUCUUCUUCUUCUUCUUCUUCUUCUUUUUUUUUUUUUUUUUUUUUUUGGUGGUGGUGGUGGUGGUCUUGCGUGGAAGUUCUGGAUCCACAGCGGAGAGUGAGCCUGCCUCCUAUUUGGCAAAACUAUCUGCCGAAACAUCCACGUAGUGGAGGUUUCGCACGUUGGGAGUUGCACACAUGAGUGUAUUUUCUCCUACACAACACAUCGUCCCGGCCGGAGGGAGUGUUCCCGUAUUCUUUCUCCACUGCUCCUCUUUCCCAUUUAUUCGUCUCAUUCAUGAUUUACCUGUGACUCACUACUUCGAAAGGACGGCAGUGGACUUGGAUCUUUUUUUUUUUUUUAAUACAUCCAGAGGAUUGAACGGAGGGUAGCUGUAUUAAAUGUAUUUGGACUUAUAGAUUAAAAUCAAAGUUCAGUUUUUAAGGAACAAAAAAAAAAAAAAAAAAAAAACCCAUAAUAAAUCUUGUUAAGUUGCCAUUUUUACCUGCCCUUUUAAACAGAGAACCGGAGCAGAAGGGAAAUGCAGAAUUUUCAGAAAUUAAUGUUCCUGUGGAUGAAUUAAGCCCAUUAGAGGCUGAUGGGAUUUUUUAAGGGAUGGUGCCUCAAAUAUAUAUUUGAUUUCAUUUCCCCUGAGGGCGAGUGGGGGAAUGGAGGCUGGUUUUACUUUGGCUCUUACACCCCUCCCCCCAACCCCCAGUCCCAUUGAGGGAAUCCAUUACUAAAAGGAAAAUCUGUCAGAAUUAGGGACACAUGGUGGGCCGUCUUGAGGAGCCCCCUGACCCCCUUCCCCCAGGCCAUGGCCUAAUAAAAUAAACUGUCCAUUGUUCUCACAGCAUAUGAUUUAAUAAUGAAUACUUUAGAACAAUGCUUAUGGGCCUAGAAUUGUAUUUGAUUAGCCCAUUCAGUCUGAUAGCCCAAAUGCUGAAUAGCACAGCAGGAUCCUAGCCACGCAAGUUGGAAAGUAAGUCCGAUCAUUUCUGCAGAUACUUGCCCUGGUACAAAACGGCUUAUCUCAGCCAAGCUCUUCAAGUAUCUUUGACCUAGUAGGUGAACAAAUCGACCUCACAGGACACGCAGUAUUUCUGAAGGGCAGACUCGCUCUCUUUUUGGCCAGAGAAUGAGCAGUUCUAGCUAAAGAAGUUACACACUGUGGGUAUUCCUGCCUGCCUCUUGAGUACAAAGGCCUAGUUCAAGUGUUGCUUUUUUUUUUUUUAAAUCCAUUUUUUUUUUCUCCUUUCCUUUUGUGAAAAAACUAUUAAAAAUACUACUAUCUGUAUAAAAUCUCAAAUCCAUUUUUCGGCCUCCUCCUCAUUUACCAGGAAGUAUAUUCUGACGAAGGGCCCCGCGUUUGCAGGUCUUGCACACCCCCCCCCCCUUACCCAGAACUGCAGAGCUUCAGGACGGUGAAGGUCACCCAAGGGCAUCAGUAGGGGCUGGCGUCUGCUGCCCCCCCCCCCUCCCCCGGGGUUUGUUCCGCGGGGCGCUGUUGGGCUUUUUUGUUGUGUGGCUUUGCUGCCCCACCACAGCGCCUCUGAAGUGUUUCCUCUGGAGUGACAUGAACGUUGGAGGCUUGUCUAAGGGAAAAACAGUAAAUAAAAGGCAGUGAAGGAGACUGUACAUAAAGACAUGGCAAAAAUCUUAAUUAUAGCAAUAUAGUUAUGGGGUGAUGUUCGGGUGGGCAGCUCCAUUAAAAAAAAAAUAUGUGAAUGAGUCUGUGAAGCUGCAAAGUAGCAAGAAGAACGAAAGAUCUUCUUAACGAACCGCCUACCUUGUAGACAGUAAUUUGUACACUGUAUAGUUUUGUUAAGAAUUUUUUUUUUAAAUUAAAAUUCCCAUGUUUGUAAAGCUAACUUUUUAACAAUUAUAAUGGAACUAUAUGUUGUUUCCAUUUUUAAAGUAAACAAGAAUAUUCCUUGUGUAGAGACUGGACUUGAGUUAAAACUCUCCAGUCUCUUAAGUUAUGUAUUAAAAAAAAAAAAAAAUCUGUCCAUGUUAGGAGUUAUUUCGCAGAUUCCUGGGCUUGAAAAGCACAGGAUACUAAUCCUUUAAAAAAAAAAAAAAGUGUAAAUGGAGAAAAGUUAUAUUUUAUGAAGGUUAUUUUGUUGUAUUUAGUAUUGGAAAAGUUGGUUUUCGGAGCAUUUCAGAAUGUCGGAAGCACCACUGUCUUUUUCUUAGUCUAUACGGCCUUUAGCAAGAAGUUUUUGUGAUUGUUACGCGAUGGUAUUUAAGGUUAAGUUUCACAGAGCAUUCGGGAUAGGCAGAAAACGAAAACAGUGCUGUGUCUCACAUAAACGUGUCCUCAGGGAGCAGAAUCUUGGAUUUGUGACUGGUAGCUUCAUAAGGACUCAACAAAAAGCGAUUGCACAGAGACAUCU